AUCGGUUGAUGGCAAAUACAUCAUUCCGCCGCCCAGCUGAGGAUACGACAUUAGAGGAAAGAAGAAUAAAAAAACACACACACACAAAAACCAAACAAAAAAAUCUCCCGCACCAAGCUCCAUAUUUGGACGCUGGCUGUCUUUUUUUCUGUACCGAACAUACGGUGGGCUCACGGGCAAAGACAUAAGUAUUCUCAAAUCAUACAGCUUAACAAAAUUGAACCUUGACACAAAAAAUUAUGAGUAUUCUACACAAAUGAAACCAAAGAAUACACGACAAGAUUUUGUUUUUAGCGACCAAGAAUAAGAGGCUCUACAGAAACCUAAAAAAGUCCGGCCAUGUAGCUUCGCUUCAGCAACAUGUUUAGUCAACAGAUGGAAGAGAAUGUUCAAUAAGCAAAGGCUAUUGACGUACCCAGCGGCUGUGAGAAGGGACAAUGGACACAACGCUGGCGGUGGCAGGGAUGUGUGAUCAUUGAUAGCCCUAUCGCCAAAAAAAAAGAGAAAGGUCGUGGUUUUGGUCGCUGUUAAAAUGACUCAUCUGCAAGCUGGGCUCCGUGCUGAAACCAUCGAGAAAUGUCGGCUGGAACUGAAUGAGAACGCGGAAGCCUUACACCAGGACAUCCAGCAGGUCAGAGACAUGAUCAUAACCCGCCCGGAUAUCGGCUUCCUACGCACGGACGAUGCAUUCAUCCUGCGUUUUCUGAGAGCCAGGAAGUUUAACCACUUCGAGGCCUUCAAACUGCUGGCUCAGUAUUUCCAGUAUCGGCAACAGAACUUAGAUAUGUUCAAAAACUUCAAAGCAGACGAUCCUGGCAUCAAACGGGCUCUGAUGGAUGGCUUUCCGGGAGUCCUCCAACAGCCGGAUCACUAUGGGAGGAAGAUUCUGGUGCUGUUCGCUGCCAACUGGGACCAGAGUAGGAAUACCUUUGUGGACAUUCUCCGAGCUAUUCUUCUGUCCCUGGAAAUUCUUAUUGAAGAUCCAGAGUUACAGAUAAAUGGAUUUGUGCUAAUUAUAGACUGGAGUAAUUUCACAUUCAAACAAGCCUCCAAACUGACUCCCACUAUACUAAGACUAGCCAUAGAGGGAUUGCAGGACAGCUUCCCCGCACGCUUUGGAGGCAUCCAUUUUGUGAACCAGCCUUGGUACAUCCAUGCUUUAUUUACGAUAAUAAAGCCAUUCUUGAAAGACAAGACCAGAAAAAGGAUUUUUCUUCAUGGUAACAAUUUGAACAGUCUUCACCAGCUUAUCCAUCCAGAAUACCUGCCGUCAGAAUUUGGAGGUACCCUACCCCCAUAUGACAUGGGAACUUGGGCACGAACACUGCUUGGUCCAGAGUACAAUGAUGACACUGAGUAUACUUACAAUUCGUACAACUCAAUGCACAUGAAAGACAUGCUGGAUGAACCAGAAAGCAAUUGCUCUCCCAAGCAUAUGAAGAGGUCACAGUCGGUGGUGGAACCAGGUAUACUGAAGCAAGAAGACAGGGAUGAUGAUAACACCCAACCACUACUGGCUCUGGAUUGAAUUAACUGUUAACUACAUGGCUGGAUCUCUGAGGUGCAAACAUUUACAGAG